AUGUCUACUAGUAGUGAGCGCAAAGUGUCUGCGUCAUUUGAGCGCUCUGUGAGAGGCACAACACCACGUCUCGCAGACCUAGCUUCCACCCCCGAGACGCCGCGAACACCACCCCAGCGAAACACGUCCUCGCUUUAUGGCUCGCCUAGCGGCAACUACCGCACCGAAGACGAAUAUGUGGUGCUAGAGAUUGGCUCACGAUUCGUACGUGGAGGAUUCCCUGGCGAAAGUGCCCCGCGAUGCACCCUUCCAUUUGAUCCAGACAGACAGAGGCGGGUGGGUGAUUACCGGCCAUACGACCCAGAAUACAGUCAGAAAAGACGGCGGCGGAGGAAAGGUCAGGCGUGGGGCGAGGACCAGGAGCUGUACCGCUUGGAUCUGACUAAGGUCGACGUGGAUCUGGUGGGUGACAAGUUCGAGCGGGCCAUCAGAGAGGCGUACACGAAGUACUUCUUACUAGACUCUAAGCCACGACGCAUCACACUCGCCCUGCCACCACGGUUACCGCAUGUGCUUAUGUCGAAGUUCCUCGAUAUUCUCUUCAAGAGUUUCCACGCACCAAGCAUCACCCUGAUGUCCAACCCCGUUCUCUCGACCGUCGCCGCUGGACUACGCUCAGCACUGGUUGUUGAUAUUGGUUGGGCGGAGACAUUGGUUACGGCAGUCUGCGAGUAUCGAGAGGUGCAUGAGAAGCGGUCACUGCGAGCAGGCAGGUGGAUGAGCGAGGAGAUGGCUACUGUGCUGAACGCCGCGCUCGACGAAGACGCUGCGCCAGGCACUCCGAAGGCAGAUAUCUCGUUUGAGGAGACGGAAGAAGUUAUGACACGUGUUGGCUGGUGCAAACCUAUCUCAAGAGGGAACCGAAGGACCGUGUACUUCCCUGCACGUGAGGCGCCGGUGCUGGAAGAGUGGGAGGACGCUGUCGAAACGCCUCCACCUACCGUCACGAUUCCGUUCUACAAGCACACUCCGCCGACCGAGCUGAAGGUGGCGCUUGCUUCGCUGGCUAAGCCGGCCGAGAGCACGUUCUUCGAACAAGAAGCACCACCGGACAAGUUCGACGACGACGAGCUGCCUAUCACGCUCCUGAUCUACCGUACGCUAAUGGCAGUACCAUUCGACGUUCGCCGUCUGUGCAUGUCGCGCAUCCUCAUCACUGGUGGUGUCGCAAAUAUGCCUGGCCUGAAGACACGCAUACUGCAAGAGCUGGACCUGCUGGUUCACUUACGAGGCUGGACCCCGAUUAGGAACUGGGGAAGCUUCCCUGUGCUCCGCGAGGACAAACUGCGGGCCCAACAGCGCGAAUCAGAGGCGAGACGGCAAGAAAGCCUACAGAAGGUGUCAGACUCGACUGCAGCGGCUCCUCCAACACCAGCUGGCCUGCAAGACCCAGAGAUCGACAACAUCGACAUUAAGCUCGCCAAUACCAGCCUCAAGAACGGACCACCACUCGAGUGCGCGACUGGAGGCACGGUCAGAGGUGUGCAGACGCUGGGUGCUUGGGCUGGAGCCAGCCUCGUCACUAACCAGAGAAUACGUGGCAUCGUUGAGAUCGAGCGAGAACGAUAUCUACAGCACGGGCUGCAAGGUGCGUCAAGGGACAAAGAGGUCUCUGUGAUUCCUCAACGACAGAGCAUGGGGCCCGGCGUGGCACGUGGCGCAGGCGAGCGAGUGAGCUGGACGCUCGGAGUGUGGGCUUGA